UAAAAAACAACACUAAUAUAGUGUUGAAACUCCAACAUGGGAAAUUGCUUUGUUGGGACCAUGACAGAUUCUAAUGCAACAAUCAAAGUAAUAACAUCAAAUGGUGGAAUCAUGGAAUUCAAUGCUCCAAUAACAGUAAGUUUCAUCACUAAAGAGUUCCCUGAACAUGCCAUUUUCAGAAGCCAUGAUCUCUUUUGGAAACCACUAAGCCAAUUCGACGAGUUAGAGGCGGGACAAUCAUACUAUUUGCUUCCAAUCAACAACAACAACAUAGAAGCUUCAUGUGGAAGUGAUUAUGAACAACAUGUUGUUAGACAAGGACAUGUUAGAUCUCAUAGUGUUCCAACAACCUCGUAUCCUGCUCCAUAUAGAAUGUCUUUAGAUUACAAUCAUCAAGGAAUGAGGUUUCUCAAGAAAUCUUCUAUUGAAUCAUCAUUGUCUAGUAGUAGCAGGUUUUGGAAAGUGAAGUUGGUGAUUAGUCCUGAACAGUUGGUGGAAAUUUUGGCACAAGAAGCUAGAACAAAAGAGUUGAUUGAGAGUGUAAGGAUUGUUGCAAAAUGUGGUGACAUUAAUUCAUCUGCAGCUGAAGACAUUGUUUCUGAUCAAUGGAGUCUUUCCAAUACCAGUUGGAGCAUUUCAUCUAAAACAAAUUAAACAAGUAAUUUGUUGAAACAUUAGUGUCUUUUUUCUGUCUCAUUUCUUAAAUAUUAGUAUUACUUUACUUUAAUACUUUUUUAUGUACCAUAUUUUGUUUCUUCUAUAAAAUUCAAUGUAGAUUCACUCUUUUCCAUAUGAUAUUGUAGAAUUUCUGUGUAACUUUGUGUUGUAGUUGUAGAACACUGUCUUUUUUUUCUUUCUAUGUAGACAUUCAUGGUUUACUUAUCAAAGAAUUAAAAGAGUAUACCACACACUACUAUUAUUAGGAGUUUGUUUGAUCUGAUAAUUUGAAGCCAAUGUCAAAAUCAAAUGGUAAAAUCAAGUCAAAAUUAAUAUUAGUCCUCCUAAAUAUUCAUUAAACUAUAUGAAAGUCAUAAAUUUAGGCCAUGAUCCCAUAAACAUUUGUU